UGUGGGCCAACCCAGCGUGACGGGCAGUAUUCAUACCGUACGGCAGAGGGAGAGAUGUGCCGGUGAACGGUCGACGUCACAGCCACAGGCAUCAGACGGAUAAGCGAGAGUUGUGUGUACCUUGCCGCUGCUUCAUGGCAAUAGAGAGAGAUGGCGUCCGCAUCCCGAUGAAUAAGCAAAAAAAGAAGAGGAAGGGGGAUGAUGCUGGACCCUACGCCUAGAGGGGAAACCGUUCAAUUCAACACAUCAGCUAUGGAGGGAUUCAUCUCUCGUUCACAAUCAUUUCGCUCCGGGGAUGUUAACGCCCUUUUCAUGCGUUUUUAAACUCCACGGUUGAUUCCUUCCAACGGAGGAGGUGAGGAGAUUGUUGUCCGGUAGGCUACAUCUGUUUUCUUCCUCCGCUUCUCUGCCCAUCUGACGCAGGGGCGAGGAGGAGAGGAGAGAAGGGGAAGAGAGGGAGGGCGAUGGCUGCUGGAGGAGGAUGCGGGGAGACGGUGGAGCAGUGCCGGGCAGAGGUGGAGCGUUUGACCCGUGAGCUAGCGGAGGCGAACCGGGAGAAGAUCCGGGCUGCGGAGUGCGGUCUGGUGGUUCUGGAGGAGAACCAGACCCUGAAGCAGCAAUAUUCGGAUCUAGAGGCCGAGCAAGAGGCACUCCGACAGGAGCUGGAGCAGCUACAAGAGGCAUUUGGCCAGACCUUCUCCACCCAGCGUAAGGUGGCUGCGGACGGGGAGACCAACGAAGAGACCCUCCUGCAGGAGUCAGCCACUAAGGAGGCAUACUACAUGAGUCGCCUUCUGGGGAUCCAGUCAGAGCUCAAACAGAGCCGGGCCGUCACAGUCAACACACAAGCCGACAACGAACACCUCAGUACCCUGCUGCAGGAGCUCAGAGAGAGUAAUGAGAUGUUGGAGCUGCAGCGGAGCCGGAUGAGAGAGGAGAUCAGGGAGUAUAAGUUCAGAGAGGCGCGACUCCUACAGGACUACACUGAGCUGGAGGAGGAGAACAUCACCCUGCAGAAACUAGUGUCCACUCUCAAACAGAACCAGGUGGAGUACGAGGGGUUAAAGCAUGAGAUCAAGGUUCUGGAGGAGGAGACCGAGCUGCUGAACAGCCAGUUAGAAGACGCCUUACGUCUCAAAGACAUCUCCGAGGCCCAGCUAGAGGAGGCCCUGGACUCCCUGAAGAGCGAGCGGGAGCAGAAGAAGCACCUCCGCAAGGAGCUGGUCCAUCACCUCAGCCUGUGUGACGUCCAAUACACGGGCAGCGCCCACCUCACUUUCACCUCAGCUCCACCUAGUGGCACGGCUACACCUGUCUCCGCCCUGUCGCCCAGCUCAGAGGAGCCAGGCAGGUGUAACGGGCAUCUACAUGGAGGGUCAGGAACUGGGACGGGGACAGGGUCGCUGCCCAGGGCCAAUGGAGAGUGUCGGGGAGCGGGGAGGAAAGGGGAGGGGAUGGUGUCGGAUCUGUUCAGUGAGAUGAACCUGACAGAGAUACAGAAGCUCAAGCAGCAGCUGCUACAGGUGGAGCGAGAGAAAACAGCACUGUUGAUCAGCCUGCAAGAGUGUCAGACGCAGCUGCAGCAUACACAGGGUGCCCUGAACGAGCAGCACGAGAGGGCCCAACGCCUCAGCGAGAGAGUCACCGCCCUCAGGCGCCUGCACCGGGAGGCCCAGCUCGCCCAGGAGGCCCAGCACGACCAGGAGGCACACCUCAACCGAGAGGCCCUGAUGGAGGAGGGAGAAGAGGAAGAGGAGGAGAAAGAGAAGGGAUUAAUACACAGCAGGGGCCAGGCAUUCUGCCACCAGACCCCGGGUCUGGAGAUCCUCCAGUGUAAAUACAGGGUGGCUGUAACCGAGGUGGUCGAGCUAAAGGCUGAGCUGAAGUCGCUGAGAGAGAGGUACAACCAGUGUGUGGAGGGCGGGGUGGAGGAGAGGACACGCGGAGAGGCCCAGCACAGAUCUCUGGAGCAGCAGGUGGGGAGGCUGGAGAGAAGCUGCCGGGAAGGCAGGGAAAAGGUGGGGGGCCUGGAGACGGAGCUGAGAACAGCCAAGAACAUGGCCAGCGAGAGCCAGGGGGCGCUCAAUGCAGCACAGGAUGAACUGGUCACCUUCAGCGAGGAGCUGGCUCAACUUUACCACCAUGUCUGCCUCUGUAACAACGAGACGCCCAACCGAGUGAUGCUAGACUACUACAGACACGGCAGAGGACUAAGGGGUAUCAGUGCCUCGCUCAAGGGUGACGACACCCGCGUUCUACUCACGCCCCGCCUCGCCCGGCGGCUCGCAGCCGUUGCCGCGGCAACCUCGUCGUCCGCGCCCGAGUCUCGUAGCCCCUCGGAAUCUCCAUCCAAAGAGCGGUUGUCAGGAGAGGGAGGCCGGGACGGGGGGAGGGACAGGGACAGUCCUGUACCCCGCACCCCUCCUACGGGCUCCCCCAGCAUCAGUGCCUCUUCCUCAUCUUCAUCAUCAUCGUCGCCUGCGGUAGAGCCAGCUGGAGACCUGCGUAGGGAGCCCAUGAACAUCUAUAACCUCAACGCCAUCAUCAGAGAGCAGGUGAGGCACCUCCAGAGGGCAGUGGACCGGUCACUCCAGCUGUCCAGACAGAGGGCUGCAGCCAGGGAACUGGCCCCACUGUUUGACAAGGACAAAGAAGCCUGUAUGGAGGAGAUACUGAAGCUCAAGUCCCUGCUCAGCACCAAGAGAGAACAGAUAGCUACCCUCAGACUGGUGCUCAAAGCGAACAAACAGACUGCAGAGAAUGCCCUGGCCAACCUGAAGAGUAAGUAUGAGAAUGAGAAGCACAUGGUGACAGACACCAUGAUGAAGCUGAGGAACGAACUGAAGGCCCUGAAGGAGGACGCUGCCACCUUCUCCUCGCUCAGAGCUAUGUUCGCCACCAGGUGUGACGAGUAUGUGACUCAGCUGGACGAGAUGCAGAGGCAGCUGGCUGCGGCGGAGGACGAGAAGAAGACGCUCAACUCUCUCCUGCGGAUGGCCAUCCAGCAAAAACUAGCCCUGACCCAGCGUCUGGAGGACCUAGCCUUCGACCAGGAGCAGUCGCACUGCACCCGCGGCGGCAAGGUGGCCCGCAUGAAGAGAAGCACCCCCAAAGUAAGUCCUGGUCCUCCCUCCAGCCCCACCACCGGCGCUGGCGCCCCCUUAAGCCUGACCUCUGCUACUACAGACGCCACAGCCCUAGCUCUGAGCUCCCCUACGUCACAUCAUAGACACCCUCUCAGCCCCUUCACCACGGCCCCCUCAGGCCCCACAAUACCAGGCAGUCCCCCCUCCCUGGAGGCGCCCUCCUCCUCCUGGACCCCUCCAUCCACCCCCCACAGGCUGGCUCACACCCAGUGGGCACUGGGUGUCCGGACGUUAGAGGUCGACUCCCACAGUUUCAGUCUCGACUCCCAUAGUUUUAGUUUAGAACGUAGCAGUACUGGGCUCUCCAGGCAUUACUCCUCAGACACACGGCCGUCUCCUAGCAGGGGUGCUCAGCCUGGCUCGGCCCCCUCCUCCCCCUACCGUUCUCCCAUACUGGGGUCUCGCCGGUUGACAUGGAGCUCCCCUCGAACUCGCCCCCUUACCAACCUGACGCGUACCUCAGCCCUUUAUACCCCUUCUUCUUACACCCCUCCUAGUUCCUAUACCCCUUCUAGUUCCUACACCCCUUCCUCCCCUUAUACCCCCUCCAGUUCCUAUACCCCUUCAUCUGCGCAUUACUCUCCUUCAUCAUAUAUCCCAUCCUCUUCAUACACCCCCCACACUUCAUAUAGCCACACCAGCAGCUACAGUCCACUCUACCCUAGGUACUACAGUUCCCAUCGGCCCCCUCACUGACACUAAACUACAGUUCCCAUAAACCUCCUCACUGACAACACUACAAAUCCAAUGCGUCUCCUCUCUUAACAGAACUACAGAUUCCAUUGGCCCCUUCCCAGACACUAAACAACAAUUCCCAUCAACCUCCUCACUGACACUACUACAAAUCCCAUCAGCCUCUUUAAUGACGCUAAACUACAUUUCCCAUCGGCCCCUGGGGGAGUGGGUGGGGCUCACAGAGAGGAGGACAGACUGGUUUCUUGUUUCUUGUGCCUAAGCCUCUGGUGUUCGAUGCAGCGUGUGGAUGAGGCUCUGUAUCGGCGUGAAUGUUCAGACUGACUCUGCUCAGGGAUUUAACACAACAUGGAGCACAAGUGGCCCUGCCUUCCUCUUAUUCACAGACUGUUGAUCGGUCUAAACUACAGGAGAGACAGAACACUUUACAGACUAUACAUACACAGUAGUUUUGGUCUUGCCCUUUAAAUCAAAUCACCAUCCACACAAGCAAGUGAAUAUGUGUGCAGGACCUUACCGCUGUUUGGAAAGACGGAUGAGAAGGACGUUUAGGUUAACUGGACAAUUUGAUGGAAUUUGUUCAAAUGUUGGACUGAGGUCUCCACAGAUCAACCACUUGACAGUGUUAUUCUCUCUCUGUUUUUAAUGAAAAUCACACAGAUACUGUAACCAAAUGUCAUUCAAAGCAAGUACUGGAUAAGACAGGCCAAUGAUUGUGGAUUGUUUGCUAUUUGUAAUUGUUCAGUUAUUACUCACAGCUCUGUAACACUGUCCUCACAAUGUUAUUGCAAUCAUCCUCACAUCUGCUGUGUAAACCUGGCACAUAUUUAGAGUCUAGCACCACCCAAUGGCAGUUUGUAAUAUCACUGUAUAUUCAGAACUUAGACUGAAGACUUCCGUCGAGGUUGAAUAUCAUAUUAAACCUGUAACAUAAAUGACCUGGAAUCAGCACACCAUGAUGGUUUUAAUGAUAGCAUUAUGAGACAGAGCGAGAUGAGUGAUUCUAGGUUUCAUAUCAGUAGGCGAGACAGACAGUGAGCUGUGUCUACGUAGCACCCCUAGUGCCUCGGAGGGUAACUCCAGAGGAACACAGCAGCAUAGAUGGAUGAAUGUAAUUAAUAGAUAGAAAACUCAGGAAGCUGACACACACACUUUUCAACUGGGGUUCAACAAGGAUGUAUUGUUAACCAGAAUUAUCAUUACACUGUUAUAGAAAUAUAGACAAACAUUUGAAUGACAUUUAGGCUAUGGGUUAGUUAGUGUGGAGCUACUGUAUGAUGCAUAGAUGGGAUUCCACAGUUUCUGCACACUUGAUAGUGUGUCACAUACACACCUGUGUAUGUGUGUGCCUUAACAACUAUAGCACCUGAUCAGUGCAACGACAAUGACUGAUCAGACAUCAUUUCUAUCAGCUCACUGCUUUUCUUUCACAACUCUUUUUUUCAUGCCAACAGCAGUUUUCACAUUGUUUUUUUUGGCCCUAUCCAAUAGGUUAGAAUGGACAAUAACAAAGCCUUGCCAGAUGAUCAGCGUAAGUGUCUGGAAACAGUGCUCUUGAUGAGGGAUACACUGGUACUGGGUGUUGGCCAGUGAGUAGGCUUUGCCAACUUUGGCCCAAUCCAUGCACAGUUUGGUUUUGACGGGAAGAACUAAGGGGACGUGGCUGACGCGCAAACCGAUAUUUCAUUUUUUAAUUAGGUUACGGUUAUGAGCUUGGUUAAGGUAAGGGUUAGUUAUAGAUUUGGGCUAGUUGGGCUGUCAAUGGGAUGCUGGUCAGAAAAGUCUCCUUAGUCUCUCCCUGUUUUGACUCCCCUCUCUAGUAUUGGCCCAGUCCAGUCUCCCCCUCCCCCUCCCCCACCAGUCCCAAGUUUGGAGCCCAGAGUACCACAACAACUCUCUGUCUAUACUCUAACAAGCCCAGUCUCCAUUGGUUCAGGUGAUCUACAUAUACCCCAACACGUUGUCAUAACAGGCAAUAUGGAGCAAAAAAAACGCAUUUGACAGGACUCCUCUUAGCUACUUUGUUGACACCGUUAGGUGAACAUUUACAUUUUUUCCAUAACAGAAAUACUGACUGUUCUUGCACUCAUUGUUGGGCUGAUUGAGCUGGUUGAAUGUUUUUUUCUCCAAUAGUCAUCUAAUGGUGACUGUACAGAAACACAAUGAUCACUGUAGAUUUGGUGUGGGAACCACCUCAGUGACCUUCACAUUUUUAUACAUGGAGUUUGUAUUACUCUGCUUAAUUUAUUACGCUACAUCACGUUAGCACCAUCUACCUGCCUUGGCACAACACUGUAUACCUGUUACUUUGAGCAGAACACAUUUGUAGUUGUAGUAUAGUGUAGGUUAUAAUAUGGAACAUUUCCAUCGUUGUGUAAAUUAGCUGGAUAUAGAUCUUUUCUGCAAUAAGGUAUUGAAAAAUGAAGGAUUGUCAAAUAUCAAAUAGAUGCUAGGGGUCGCUGUCUUAGCUUCUCAAGAAAGGAAACCAGUGUGACCUCCUCUCUGUGAAACCCUCCUCGUUCCGCCCGACUCACAUGCUCCAAUACGCACACAUCACACACAGACACACCAAACUCAUUCCAGUUUUCGGUCCCGCUACAUCAAAGUUCCAUCCGUACAUGCAAGAGGCUCUUAAUCCUGUCAAAUGCGUUGUUCCUCAUUCUCCUUUCAGAUUGAUUUGUUUCCCACCAGGUCUAUUGGCCUGUGAUUUCUCCCUCUAUGUGAAUACAGUGAAUGCCAUUUUCCUCCUCUGCUCUGUUUCAGGAGUCUUUCAUAAUGUGAAACAUUGCCAAUCCCUGUGCUAACGCCAUAUCCAUUUCCAGGCAGACUGUUAAUAGUUACCACUGAUUGUCAGCCUGUUAGCUUUUGAGCACUUUAUAUGCAUGUGUAUAUAACACAGAGUAUUGGAAAGCUGUAUCCUGUGUACAGUGCGAUGUUCAUACUCUUCGUAUAUACUGUAAAUAUCAUGUAUAAACGACCUGUAUUUUG